AUGUAUGUAUGUAACGUUGGCAACGUACCCACGUUUGAAAAGGUCACCCACGGGCGAGAUCGCUCUUCAAUAAUCGAUCUCACAUUUGUUUCUGGCUCCAUAAUACAUCUCGUGGGAAUAUGCCCAACUUCCCAGCAUAAUGCUAUAGACUACUGCAUUGAUUUCAACACAACCGACACAACACACACUCACCAGAACUCCACUUUUUUAUACAAAUCAAACAAAGCCUGUUGGCCUAUUUUUAAGGACAAAGUGCACACUCACAUGACACUCACAAAGAUACUUGAACAGGACAUUUCUAUCUUGAACGUUGAUGAUCUGGAUCAGGUCAUCGCCGAGGUCACUAAUGUGAUCCACUCUGCAUGCCGAGCAAGCAUGCAUGUUAAAGGCCGGGGAACAAAGCCGAAGGCUUCUUGGUGGACGGAGGAAUUGGAGACCAUCAAGCGGGAAGUGGUGGAUUUGCACCACCAGCUUCAUGCUGCUAAACGCCAAGGUUUGCCUUUGGGCCAGAUUUUGGAGGCACGCAAAUCUAUAAAGGAACUUUACGCUAGCAAAAUGCGUGAUGAGUAG